CCAGAACCUUGUGAUAACCUUCAGUCAACGUUGAUAAGAUCAAUUCCUGUUGGACUUUUUGAGGAAAAACAUGAGUGGAUGUCCGUUUUUUGAAAGAAAGCAUCAAUUGUUUACCAGUAAAGCAGAGGAAGAGGAUGAAUCCCAAAAGGGCAUCAACAAAGCCAGUAAAGGAGGAAUCAUCUAUGGAGAAUACCUACAGCUUGACAAGGUGUUGAACGCUCAAGUUCUGCAGAGUGAACUGAAAGGCAACAAAAUCCAUGAUGAGCAUCUCUUCAUCAUUACACACCAAGCCUACGAGUUGUGGUUUAAGCAGAUAUUGUGGGAGCUCGAUUCAGUUCGGGACCUAUUCAUUAAAAACCAUGUUCGGGAUGAGAGAAACAUGCUGAAGGUGGUGAGCAGGAUCCACAGGGUCACCAUGAUCUUCAAACUGCUGGUGGAACAGUUUGCUGUCCUGGAGACCAUGACUUCCCUGGACUUCUUUGACUUUAGGGAGUAUCUGUCCCCAGCCUCGGGGUUCCAGAGUCUUCAGUUCCGUCUUCUGGAGGGUAAGAUUGGUGUGGCGGAUCACUUAAGAGUCCCCUACAACCGUCGACACUACAGAGAUAACUUCCACGAACAUGAGAGUGAGACACUGCUGAGUUCAGAGCGGGAACCCUCUCUCCUUCAGCUGGUGGAGCAAUGGCUGGAGAGGACUCCUGGACUUGAAAGUGAUGGGUUUAAUUUCUGGGGGAAACUGCAAGCCAACAUCGAAGAGGGUCUCAAGAUGGAGAAGCAGAAACUGGAAAAACUGGAAGAUUCUGAGGUAAAGCAGGAGCUUCUAGAGGAUCGAAACAAACAGACUGAGGUCUUCACUGCCCUAUUUGACCCAAAACGCCAUGAGCAUCUUUUAAGCAAAGGUGAACGUCGACUUUCUUACAAGGCCCUUCAAGGAGCUCUAAUGAUCAAUUUCUAUAGGGAAGAGCCUCGCUUCCAGGUGCCCUUCCAGCUCCUGACUGCGCUGAUGGAGAUCGAUACGCUUAUGACCAAGUGGAGAUAUAACCAUGUCUGUAUGGUGCACAGAAUGAUUGGUAGUAAGGCAGGUACAGGUGGAUCUUCAGGAUACCAUUACCUGCGCUCGACUGUCAGUGAUCGUUACAAAGUGUUUGUGGAUUUGUUCAACCUGGCAUCAUUCCUGGUACCUCGUGCAUGGGUGCCCAAACUGAACCCAAACAUCCAUAAGUUCCCCUACAUGGCCGAGUGUUACGACAGCUCCUACAAUUCAUGCAGCGGUGAGGAUUCAGAUUAGGAAGAUCAGACUUGUUUGUCCAGGCUGAUGAAAUGAAAUAAUGUCCAAGAACUCGGGAAUAAUGCCAAGUACUCUAUUGAUCAGCUAAAGUUUGUGCUUUUUGCUCCAUUUACGUAAUUUACUAGAUAUCGAAAAACUAGAAACUUCUCUCCAGAUGAUAUAGGCUAGAUAAAGGAAGUUUAAUGAUGAAGUAAUUGUGUAUAUACAAACAAAUCAAGAAAUCUUGUACAUACUAUUUAUAUUUGAAACAUGUAUGUAAAAAAUGUCUUUUGUACCAAUAAAAGGAUAUUUUUGAA